AUGAGCCAACAUUAUCCACCACCACCUCCGCCUUCACAGCCUUAUUAUUCUCAAACGGCCCAGCCAUAUUACCCACCUCAGUCAGGAAGAUAUUCUCCGGUUCCGCAAUAUCAACCACCCGCGUAUGAUCAGGGAUCAUUUCGUGGUUCGAUAGCAGAAAAAUGGAAUCCGAAACCAAAAUUUCAGGAUUUAUGGGCCUUUCUAUUGUUUCUCGCUCACCUUGUUGGUUUCGUGGUUCUUAGUAUCGUCGGACUAAAGUAUCUCAUAAGCCAGAAAGGAUUAGAAAAGGACAACAAUUUCUUUAGGCCUGAAAUAAUUCCACCAUUCAUUAUUUCCGUAACACUAUACCUGUCAAUUGCCAUGUAUUUUGUUGCUGCUGCCGUCUUUUUCUUGAUUCAUUCAUACGUUUUGUCAGUUAUUUUUGUAGUUUUCGGAAUAUUAUAUCUGAUUGCUGCCUUUAGUUGGCGUAAUCGUAUUCCUUUUGCAGCUAUUAUGUUAGAGACAGUUGUAAGCAUUACAAGAAAAUAUUAUGGCAUCAUUAUAAUGGGUUUUAUAGGUUUAAUAGUUCAAGUAGGAUGGUCUGUCUUGUGGAUUUUGAGUCUAAUUGGAGCAUAUGAAUAUUUAGAUUCGAUGUAUUGUACUACCGUGAAUGGUCGAAAGACAUGUAACAAUUCUACUAUAAUAUACCUAAUAUUGGUAUAUUUAUUGUUCAGUUUCUAUUGGACAAGUCAGGUCGUAAAGACCAUUGUUCAUGUUACUGCCUCAGGAGUUUAUGCAACAUACUAUUUCCUUGAAGGCACACCUCAAGGAACAGGCACUACUCCAACUCUCAGCUCUUUUAAGCGUGCAACUACAACUUCUAUAGGUAGCAUUUGUUUUGGGAGUUUAAUAAUUGCACUUCUUAAUACUGCUAGAGCAGUAUUACGAAGUUUUGCGGAUAGCGACGAUGGUGCCUGUGGAUUUUUGGCAUGCUGCAUUGCUUGCUUAUUAGCAUGGAUUGAAUCACUU